CCUCAAGAGGAGGAAAGGAUCGACCCCGACCCGACCCGAAGUCCCGACCCCAACCAGAGAGAGGCGCGCGCGUGCGGGUGCGGUGCGGUGCGGAUCGGAUCGGAUUGGGCCGAGUCCCCGACCCCACACCACACACCCCCUCCUCUCCCCGUCCGCGAGGGCUCCGGCCUCUCCUCCCUCCCGCGAUCCCCUUCCCCUCCGCCUCUCGCCGCCGCGCCGCGCCUCGCCGCGCCUCCAGCCAUCGCCGUCGACCGCGCGCGCGCGCGAGAGAGCGGCUGUACGCGAUUCACAUGUGCGGUCUGCCAGUCUGCGUCAGCUAUGGCACAGAGUUCGUCCCGGCUUCACCGCCUGCUCACAUUGCUAGACACUGGUUCCACGCAAGCGACAAGGUUCGCUGCUGCACGGCAAAUUGGAGAAAUUGCCAAGUCCCACCCCCAGGAGCUAAAUGUCUUACUCAAAAAGGUUUCUCCAUAUUUACGUAGUAAGAAUUGGGACACAAGGGUCGCAGCAGCCCAUGCGAUUGGUGCCAUAGCAGAGAACGUCAAACACACAUCGGUGAAAGACUUGUUCGCAUCUGCAGAAGCAGAAAAACAUGCUUCUGGGUUGUCUGGAAUUGGUGAUGUUGGGUCAACGUUGCGGCAUGCUGAUACUACUGCAACAUCUGAGCUUGCUUUUGGAAGCUUCGAUAUAAACAGGGUGUUGGAAUUUGGAUCUCCUUUAUUGGCAUCAGGUGGACAGGAAUAUGACAUUGCAAAUGAUAACGGCAAAAAUCCAGCAGAGCGUUUAGCUCGCCAAAAGCAAAAUCUCCGGCGUCGUUUAGGUCUGGAUGUAUGUGAGCAGUUCAUGGAUUUCAAUGAUGUUAUCAAAGACGAGGACCUUCUUGCCCAAAAGAAUUAUUGGGGUGCAAAUAUGCAAAACAAUGGAUUCUAUUCAUUUAAUACUGGUCAGAAUAUUCAGCACUUGGUUGCAUCUAUGGUUCCCAGGUAUCCCAAACAUUCCAAUUUUCGCUCCAGGCGAUUAAGCGCCAGGGAGCUCAAUAUGCUGAAGCGUAAAGCAAAAAGCAAUGCAAAAGAUCAUACAAAGGCUGUACCCGAGGAUGAUGACGUUGUGCCAAAAAGUUCUGGACCGUCUAACGGGGCCUCUUCUGAUCAAGAUACAGUUGAUGCAAUCACAGAUGAGGACAAUCUGGAGUACAGUGAGAAUGGGAGAUGGCCUUUUCAACAGUUUGUAGAUCAACUUAUUCAUGACAUGUUUGACCCUAUUUGGGAAGUUCGCCAUGGCACCAUUAUGGCUUUGAGGGAAAUUUUGACGCAUCAAGGUGCUUGUGCUGGAGUAUAUUUUCCUGAUCUGAACUCACCUUUCGCUGACCUUGAUGAUAAAAACAAUUUGGACUCCCUGAAAAGAGCACAUGGUAUUGAUCUUAAUGAAGACAUUGAUUCGGGACAGCUCGAGCCAGUUUUGAAAAGACAAAAGAAAGAGGAGUCUAAUCCAGAGGUUAUGGACAUUCAGUUGGAUAAGGAGCCAAGUAACGGUGAUUAUUCCAAAACAGAGGCAAGUCUGAGUACUGAGCCUACUGUAUCUAGUGGUGAACCAAAUCUUGCUCAUGCAAAGGUUGAAUCACCCUUCCAGGUUGAUGGUUCAGCUAACCCAUCUAAGGUGGAUCCAUAUUGUACACCACCUCACGAAACACUCAACUCCAUGCCCAAACUGAGUUCUACCCAUCUCCCUGAAAAUUCAAAAUUUAUAAAGCUGAUGAAACUAGCGAACUACUCAGCGGUAAAAAAUUGGGAAUUUCUUCAAGACUGUGCAAUUCGUUUCCUUUGUGUACUUUCAUUGGACCGCUUUGGUGAUUAUGUAUCUGAUCAAGUGGUUGCUCCUGUUCGUGAAACUUGUGCUCAAGCUCUUGGUGCAGUUCUGAAGUACAUGCAUCCGACUCUAGUAUGCCAUACACUGAAUAUUUUGCUGCAAAUGCAGCGCAGGCAGGAGUGGGAAGUUCGUCAUGGGAGUCUCCUUGGAAUUAAGUAUUUAGUUGCUGUUCGUCAGGAAAUGCUUAAAGACUUGCUUAAUUAUGUUCUUCAUGCCUGUAAAGCUGGUCUGGAGGAUCCAGAUGAUGAUGUCCGGGCUGUGGCUGCAGAGGCUCUGAUCCCAGCUGCUGCUUCUUUAGUUAGACUAAAUGAUCAAAUGCUACAUUCAAUUGUGAUGUUGCUUUGGGAUAUAUUGCUUGACCUUGAUGAUCUAAGCCCUUCUACAAGCAGUGUGAUGAAUUUGUUAGCUGAGAUAUAUUCUCAACCAGAGAUGGUUCCAAAGAUGCUUGGCACAACAGCCAUAGGUGGAGACAACGAAUUUGAUCUAAACAGUGUAACUCUGGUUGCCGGUGAAGAAAAAAUGGGUUCUAAUGAUAAUCCUUAUGUCUUAGCCGCUCUGACACCCCGAUUGUGGCCUUUUAUGAGACAUAGUAUUACAUCAGUCCGGCGUUCUGCUGUACGAACAUUGGAGAGGCUUCUCGAGGUUGGGAACACCAGGAAUUCAGCUAAACUAUGGCUUGCAUCUAUAUUAGGUGAUGCGCUGCAAGUUGUCUUCCAGAAUCUUCUUUUGGAGUCAAAUGAUGAGAUUAUUCGAUCUUCUGAAAGGGCUUGGAAACUUUUACUUCAGUGCCCUACGGAGGACCUUGAGUCUGCUGCAAGUUCAUAUUUUAGUAAUUGGGUGCAACUUGCCACUACUCCAUAUGGCACAGCAUUGGAUUCUGCAAAAAUGUUUUUGCCAGUUGCACUUCCACGAGGAAGUCGUUCAAGAGCUGCUGCAAAGAUCAAAUCUGCAAGGUUAGAACAUGAAAAUACGAGAAUGAUAUCUUUUGGUUCUACCGGAGAGAACACUUCACAGGAAAAGCAUUCUGAAGCUUCCUUGAGUGUUUCAAAAAUAAUUGUGGGGUCUGAUUCGGACAAAUCUGUUACUCAUACGCGAGUGCUGACGUCAAUGGCCCUUGGUCUGUUUGCCUCUAAGUUGCCAGAGGGGUCGUGGCAAGUUGUUCUUGGUCCACUAGCAAGCGAUCUCAUGUCUCUCUCAGGAGUCCAGAGACAGGUGGCUUCUAUGGUUAUUGUUUCUUGGUUUAAAGACCUCAGAAAAAGUGAUCCUGCUGCGGUGGGUACAUUGCUAGCUUUCUUAUCCUCCCUGAAAGGGUGGAUGUUGGACUUACUGGCUUGCUCUGACCCUUCAUUUCCUACAAAAGAUUCUCCGCUUCCAUAUGCUGAGCUUGCAAGAACAUACAGGAAGAUGCGCAAUGAAGCCAAUAAUUUGUUCCAGUCAAUAGAAUCUUGUGCUCUUCUUAAAGAGUAUACAAGCAACUUAAACUUUGAAGCUGACAUGCUGAGUGUUGAUGAUGCUAUUAACUUCACUUCAAAGCUUUUGUUACCAUCUGAACCUGAUUUUAGUUUGGACAGUGAUAAAAUUGUCUUGAACAAUAUAGAGUCAGCAAAACAAGGUCUAUUGUCUACGUCAGGCUACUUGAAAUGUGUUCAGAAUAAUUUGCAUGUGACAGUUUCCUCUUUAGUGGCCUCUGCUGUAGUCUGGAUGGCAGGGCUGCCUAGUAAGUUGAACCCAGUCAUUUUGCCUUUAAUGGCUGCUGUAAAAAGGGAACAGGAGGAAAUACUUCAGGACAAAGCUGCAGAUGCACUUGCUGAGCUCAUUUUUAGUUGUGUUGGCCGCAAACCUGGCCCAAACGACAAACUAACAAAGAACCUCUGCACGUUAACAUGCACUGAUGCAAGUGAGACACCUCAAGCUGCAGUUAUAAACUCAAUUCAGGUUAUUGAGGACCAAAACUUGCUGUCGAUUGGUAAGCGUUUUAGCAAUCACAAAUCCAGGGGCCAGAUGACUUCCGGUGGUGAAUCGAAGUCGGAGGGUUUUAUAAGCCGGCGUGGAUCGGAGUUGGCUUUUAAGCAUCUUUGUGAGAAAUUUGGAGCAUCCUUAUUUGAAAAGCUUCCCAAGUUAUGGGAUUGCCUUACGGAGUUUCUUAAACCCGUCAAGACUGGAGAUGAUCUUAUGAAAGAAGAUCCAAGUAUUGCGCAGUUAGGAAGAUCUUGUGAGGACAAGGAACCGCAGUCCCUUAUAAAUAAUAUCCAGGUUGUUCGUUCGGUUACACCUCAUUUGGCUGAGCCCUUGAGGCCUCAAUUGCUAAGUCUCCUUCCCUGUAUUCUUGGUUGUGUGCGCCAUCCUCAUGUCGCUGUCAGGUUAGCUGCUGCAAGGUGCAUCACAUCAAUGGCAAAAUCAUUGACUGCUAAUGUAAUGGUAAUUGUGAUAGAAAAUGUCAUACCGAUGUUGUCAGAUUCAUCUUCUGUCUGUGCAAGGCAAGGAGCUGGGAUGCUUUUGAGCCUUCUUGUUCAGGGUUUGGCUGUGGAGUUGGUUCCUUAUGCUCCUUUCCUUGUUGUUCCUCUUCUAAGGUGUAUGAGUGAUCCUGAUGGUUCUGUUAGACAGACUGUAACUCACAGUUUUGCUGCUCUGGUUCCUUUGUUGCCAUUAGCAAAAGGUUCUUUGUUACCGGAUGGACUGAGUGAACGCUUAUCUAGCAGUGCAGAAGAUGCGCAGUUUCUAGAGCAGCUCCUCGACAACUCCCAAAUUGAUGAUUACAAGCUCAGCAUUGAUCUCAGUGUUGAACUGCGAAGGUACCAGCAAGAAGGAAUUAACUGGCUAGCAUUCCUUAGACGGUUCAAGUUACAUGGAAUUUUAUGUGAUGACAUGGGUCUUGGCAAAACACUCCAGGCGUCUGCUAUUGUAGCAGCUGAUAUUGCUGAGUCACGUGCACGGAAUGAUGAGCAAGAUCCGAAAUCUUUGAUUAUCUGCCCUUCUACAUUAGUAGCACACUGGGAAUAUGAAAUAGAGAAGUACAUAGACAGCUCUAUCAUGAAACCUCUUCAGUACAUCGGUUCAUCACAAGAUAGGAUUAUCCUCCGUUCUCAGUUUGAUAAGUUCAACGUAAUCAUAACGUCAUAUGAUAUUAUACGCAAGGAUAUUGAUUUUCUUGAGAAUGUCUUUUGGAACUAUUGUGUGCUGGAUGAGGGGCACAUAAUAAAGAACUCAAGAUCUAAAAUAACAUCUGCUGUGAAACAAUUGAAAGCACAACACCGUCUUAUCCUCAGCGGUACUCCAAUUCAGAAUAAUGUAUUGGAGCUCUGGUCUCUAUUUGACUUUCUUAUGCCUGGAUUUCUUGGGACAGAAAAACAGUUCCAAGCUACAUAUGGAAAACCAUUGCUAGCAGCAAAAGAUCCAAAAUGUUCAGCAAAGGAUGCUGAAGCUGGCAUUCUUGCUAUGGAGGCACUGCAUAAACAGGUCAUGCCGUUUCUACUUAGAAGAACAAAGGAUGAAGUUUUAUCUGAUCUUCCUGAGAAGAUUAUCCAGGAUAGAUAUUGCAAUCUCAGUCUAUUGCAGCUCAAACUUUAUGACAAAUUCUCCAACUCCAAUGCCAAACAAGAGAUUUCCACUAUAGUAAAAGAAAAUGAAUUAGAUCAAUCCACUUCUCAACCAAAGGCAACUCGUCAUGUGUUUCAGGCACUGCAAUAUCUAUUAAAACUUUGUAGCCAUCCUUUACUUGUAACUGGGGAAAGCCCACCUGAUUAUCUUGUGGACCUUCUAAAGGAAAUCGGUAUGGGAACUGGUGAUGAGCUUCAUGACCUACACCAUUCCCCUAAACUUGUUGCUCUCCAAGAGAUACUUCAGGAGUGUGGUAUAGGGUCAGAAAUAUCAAGCCCUGAUGCUUCUGCAGCUAUUGGGCAACACAGAGUUUUGAUUUUUGCUCAACACAAGGCUUUGCUUGACAUUAUUGAGAAGGACCUGUUUCAAUCCCAUAUGAGAAGCGUUACAUAUUUACGGUUGGACGGCUCUGUUGAACCAGAGAAGCGAUUUGAAAUUGUGAAGGCAUUCAACUCAGAUCCAACCAUUGAUGUGCUCCUAUUAACAACUCAUGUCGGUGGGCUUGGAUUGAAUUUGACAUCUGCUGACACAUUGGUCUUUAUGGAACAUGAUUGGAACCCAAUGAAGGAUCUUCAGGCAAUGGACAGAGCACACCGUCUGGGUCAAAGGAAAGUGGUAAACGUGCACCGUCUCAUCAUGCGCGGUACCCUGGAAGAGAAGGUGAUGAGUCUUCAAAGGUUCAAGGUGUCGGUGGCCAAUGCGGUCAUCAAUGCUGAGAACGCCAGCCUGAAGACAAUGAACACUGACCAACUGCUUGAUCUGUUUGCUUCGACGCCUGCUUCCAGAAAAGCGUCUGUACUCCCAAGCAGUUCGGGUGGUGAUCAGAGUAAAGAUUCCAAGGGGAAAUCUGGUGGGAAGGGUUUGAAGUCCAUUCUGAAUGGUCUGGACGAGCUAUGGGAUCAGUCUCAGUAUGCAGACGAGUACGAUCUCAACCAGUUCUUGGCGAAGCUCAACGGCUGAACACACGAUCACCGGUCCUGUACAGUGUAAAGCGAAUUGGGGCGUGUGAUGAACAGGUUGGCAGAUUUUGUUGGCAACCACAGGAGUCAGAAAUUUUUUUGUUGUUUCAUACGGAAGAAGGGAAAAAAAAAGGAAGAUCGCAAGAUCUAGAGCAAUGUGGCUAACAUAUAGGUGCUUGAGAUGGUGAUCUCAAAUUUUUGUCUUUUGAGCUUUUGGUUAGGAGGGUUUAGAGAGAGAUAGAGCUAGUCUUGAGAGGAGUUGUAUAUACUAUCUGCUCAUUAUAAUAAUUAAUCAAAGGCUGCAGCUCCUUGUAAAUUUUGCCUUGAGUUGCUUAC